CCUUCCUACCCACUGUGAUCUAUCAGCAGUGUUGCUACGUGAAACUUAAAACCGCUCACCGCCGUUAACGCUCUCGUGUCAGCAAACCUAGGCUGUUUAGGCUUGUCCCUCCAGGCUAUCAUCACGAUACUUAGACUACCUGUUCAAUACCCGCUAGAGACAUGCAGCAAGAAAACAAGGCGGGGACGUUGUGGGAUAUGGUGGCCAGGCCGUGGAUAGACGGCAGAGAGUUACAGGUGGUGCCCCCCUCUGAAAAUGGAGGCAACACUACUGUCACCCAGACUACGCCAAAAGUUCGAGCAGAAAAGCGGCAGAUUGAGCUCAACGUCUACUUGGACCAGAUUGUCAGUGAAAAAGUCCCAGAACUAGAACGCCAGGAACGUCGCAACUUCGAGAAGGUACAGGCCAUAACCAACCGACUACUGACCGUUGCAUGGCGUGGAAACAGGAGAUGUAACGCCUAUUUUGAAGACCCGGGACUGGCAACCCAGGUCGAAACUUACCAAGCACUGGACGUGGAUACGUUCGAUUGUCGCAUGUUUGUUAAAGGAUUUGAAAUCCCAGGAAGUUUUCAGCCAAUCUCCGGCCUAAAUCAUGACGUACCGCCUGGCUAUGCGUUCUUCUGUGUGAAUGAACGCUUCACGAGGGGAGAGAAGAUCUCGGUGAGGACUGCGUGGCAGGACUGCAUUGAUGGAGACGGAUUCCUCAUGCCCGGAGCCAUUUAUCCCUUCUUUGCGAAAGCCAUUAAGGAUGCCCUCCAAUAUCUCCAAGACAAGGGCGACAAGGACAUGAAAAAGGUUCUUAUGAUAGAAACCAAACCGAGCCUUGUGCUAAAGAUUCUCACAGACGAGAAAGAAGAGAAAGACGGGGAAGAUAAAAACAACACCACAUCGAAGUCCAAAGAGAGUGACAGCGAUGAAGAAGAAGAAAAAGAAGAGAAGAAAGAACUGACUGUGAAUAUCGUAAUAGCCUGUAAAGGGUAUAACUGGCCGCAAGGCGCCACAAUACAGCAACCCCUUCCAAAACAAAAACCUUACUGUGAACUCGGCAGACAAUGUUUGGCUGACAUAGACGAUGCAAUGUCAGAUGGCGCAAGUAUGUGGUAUCUGGAAGCAAGACCAGUCUCUUUAAGCAAAACGCUACAGAAUUCAAGAUGCCAUGCAAACGUCUCGCGAAAUCCCGUGAAAUGUUCGAGACUGUGGAAGUUCUGCUUUGCCCCGGUAGAGGAUCAUUUUUUCAAGACAAUUUGUUCAUUUCGCGGCGGGGUAGGUGCUCCUGCCACCGUGAUACGUGUUUUACAGCUCAUGAUAGCAAAUGGCGAGGUCCAAAACAGCUGGAAACCGUUAAAUCAGCACGUUCUGAGAACAUUAAUGUUUUGGCAGUUUAAGAAACACGCUGCCAAAAUUAAAACAUUUCCCGAAUGUUUCUUCAUGUUUCUCGGACUCUUACAGCAAUGUCUGCAAGGGAUGUCAUGUCCUCAUUUUCUCCUUCCAAAUUUAAAUAUUAUGGAGAGCAUAGACAGUUCUUGUGCCAACGUAAUGAAACAAGAGAUUGCCAAAAUACUUGAGAGCUUAGAGCAGGAUACGACAAACCUUCUUAUCUACACAGGAAUAAAGCAACGUGACGAGGAGCCAGACCAGGAACAGGGAGAGACUGUAAAUCAAUAACGCCCCUCAUUUUUGAAGAAGUUUGACUUAAAAUAACUUUAUCACUACAAAAGCGCAAUAAUCUGCCUAAACAAACCUUGCCCUUCUCAGCAGUGUACCUAUAUAAUAGGCAUCCAAACACAUUGCAUUUGGCAACGCUAACAGAUCAUUAAGCCUUGCCAUGAGAUAGUCAUCUUACAAAACCUUCCAAGUAGAGUUUCUGUCUUUUUACAACGGAGAAGUGUCGUUUAAUUUUUUUCCAAUACGGACCUCAUUUUGUUCUGUAUCAGUUUUUUUUUAAUAAUGUCUUUUCACAUCAGAGUAAACACGUUUUCGAUAUCCACCUUACUUAGAUCAAAUACGUAGAUGACUUCAUCAUAGCAUAAAUUCAGGUUAAUUUAAACGCAUGAUGCAAAGCAGGCAGGUUGAAAAAUAGAUUACGCUACGGCUGUUUGACAAAUUUGCCCUGUACAUUAUAUUUGCUGUGAUGUCAUAACUGUAAGAGAAUAAAAGCAUGAUAAAGCUCCG